AUGAGAAAACUCAUUGUUUGUUUACUUGCAAAAUAUGUUUGUUACUUUGCUGACGUAAUUAAAAUGCGAGUUGACAAAUGUCCUACGGUCGAGCUGACUUUUAAGAAUUGUGUUUUUGUGAACCCAGUUGACUUGCCAAAAGAUGUCAAAUAUAUCGAGGUAACAACAUUACCUAAUCAAAACUAUGUAUUUACCGUCGAGACACACAACGAAGUGUCUCAAGGAUGCGCAGCAUUCAAUGAACCACAGAGAAAAUGGGCAGCGCUAUCCGUCACCCAGGAGAUCGAUGUCCGACCGUAUCAAUUCGAUGCAUCAUCAAGUUCAAAUUUCUUAGGUAUUAUUGUAUUAGAAGCUGAUUUCCUGCAGAAAACAAAAACAACAACUGAGCCAUACGAUACCGACUUGAUGGCCAAAGAUUUUCUUUUGAAAUUUUCUGGACAUGCAUUCACAGUGGGACAACAACUGCCUUUUCAGUUUGGUGAUAAAAAAAUACUUAGACUGUUUGUAAAGAAUUUGGAGGGGCUUGAUGUGACUGCCAUCAAGGAAAAGAAAGAAUCAAAGCUUGAGAAAAUUAGAUUAGGUCGAUGUCUUGGUGAUACGGUGGUUCAGUUUGAGAAGUCGAGUAACUCGAGUCUUAAUUUGGUUGGAAAAGCUCAAGGAAAAGUCGUACGUCAAUCGAUAAUUAAUCCAGACUGGGAUUUUGCCAAAAUGGGAAUUGGUGGUCUUGAUAAAGAGUUCAGUGAUAUUUUCCGUCGAGCUUUUGUUUCUAGAGUAUAUCCUCCAGACAUUGUAAGGCAACUGGGUUGCAAACAUGUCAAGGGUAUUUUGCUUUAUGGUCCACCAGGUACAGGAAAAACACUCAUGGCUCGUCAGAUCGGUAAUAUGUUAAAUGCGAGAGAGCCUAAGAUCGUCAAUGGUCCGCAAAUUCUUGAUAAAUAUGUAGGAGAGAGUGAAGCGAACAUAAGAAGACUGUUUUCUGAUGCAGAAGAAGAAGAAAAAAAGCUUGGGCCAAACAGUGGGCUCCAUAUUAUUAUUUUUGACGAGAUUGAUGCUAUUUGUAAAUCUCGUGGUAGUGUUGCGGGUAAUACUGGUGUUCAUGACACUGUUGUCAAUCAGCUGCUUUCAAAGAUUGAUGGUGUCGAGCAACUCAAUAAUAUUCUGGUGAUUGGUAUGACUAACCGAAAAGACAUGAUUGAUGAAGCUCUACUACGUCCUGGUCGACUUGAACUGCAAAUGGAAAUCAGUUUGCCGGAUGAAAACGGCCGAUUUCAAAUUUUAAAUAUCCAUACAUCACGGAUGCGUGAAUACAAUAAAAUGUCUCCAGAUGUCGACUUGAAAGAAUUGGCGAUCCUUACAAAAAACUUUAGUGGUGCUGAGUUAGAGGGUUUGGUAAGAGCAGCUCAGAGCACAGCCAUGAACAAACUUAUAAAAGUAUCCAAUAAAGUCGAGUUGGACUCGUCAGCAAUGGAGAAACUUAUGAUUACAAGAUCAGAUUUUAUGCAUGCACUCGAAAACGAUGUGAAACCGGCAUUUGGUACUGCAGCAGAGGAACUAGACCACUUGUUAGCUCGUGGAAUCAUAAACUGGGGUCGUCCUGUUGCUGAAAUAAUUGCUGACGGUAAUUUAGAUAUUCGGAAGACUCGAGCUUCUGAGGGCUUUAGUUUGGUCUCUGUUUUACUGGAAGGACCACCUAACAGUGGUAAGACUGCGUUGGCUGUACAAAUUGCUAAAAAUUCUGAUUUUCCAUUCGUAAAAGUUUGUACUCCGGAUGACAUGGUCGGAUACACAGAAACUGCAAAGUGUCUCGCGAUACGUAAAUUCUUCGACGAUGCUUAUCGUUCACAGCUCAGCUGUAUAUUGGUCGAUAAUAUUGAACGUUUGUUAGACUACGGGCCGAUUGGACCCAGAUACUCUAAUCUGACUCUUCAAGCGUUGCUGGUUUUGUUGAAAAAACAACCACCUCGUGGAAAAAAAUUACUUGUACUUUGUACUACCAGUAACAGAAAAGUUUUAGAAGACAUGGAAUUGAUAUCUGCAUUUAACACCGUUCUUCACGUGCCUAAUUUAUCAACAUCUGAUCAUUUACUAGCAGUAUUAGACGACCAAGAUGUAUUUACUAAACAAGAACUUUCAAUGUUACAUGCUAAACUUCAAGGAAAUCGUAUUUUCAUCGGCAUUAAGAAACUAUUGGGACUGAUAGACAUGGCUAGACAAGUAGAUCCAAACUAUCGAGUAACUAAAUUUUUGUCAAAACUCGAAGAGGAGGGUGGUCUUGAAUAA